AUGUCUGUCGCGAUGCCACCGGUUCCCCACAAGGACGACCUUGAUUCAACAUGGUCAUUCCUCGAGGAUGGAAUUCAAAGCGUCAUGCUCAACCUUGACGGUGGUAUUGAUAUGAAGGCUUAUAUGGGUCUCUACACCGCCGUCCAUAAUUUCUGCACAUCACAAAAAGCCGUUUCCAGUGGUCAAGGAUUGCAACAAGGGCAACGAGGGGCCCACCUCCUGGGCGAGGAACUUUACAAAUUACUCGGCGAAUACCUUUCACGCCAUCUCAGCGACGUUUUCGAUCAAUCACAGACCCACACCGAGGAAGGCCUACUUGGAUUUUACAUUCGCGAAUGGGAACGCUACACGACCGCUGCCAAAUAUGUGAACCACAUCUUUAAGUACCUCAACCGUCACUGGGUCAAGCGCGAGAUCGACGAGGGCAAAAAGAACGUUUAUGAUGUCUACACCUUGCACCUCGUCAAAUGGAAGGAUGACUUCUUUGAAAACGUGCAUGAAAAGGUCAUGGACGCCGUUCUCAGCUUGAUCGAGAAGCAAAGGAACGGAGAAACUAUUGAACAGUCCCAGAUUAAGUCCAUCGUCGACUCCUUUGUGUCCUUGGGUCUGGACGAAAACGACAGCUCCAAGUCAACCCUGGAUGUUUACCGCCAUUACUUCCAAUCGCCGUUCAUCGCUUCCACCAAGGUCUAUUACGAGAAUGAGUCGCGGCAGUUUGUUGCCGAAAACAGCGUGGUGGAAUACAUGAAGAAGGCAGAGGCUCGCCUGGAUGAGGAGAAGGCCCGCGUUGGUUUGUACCUGCACCCCGAUGUCACCAAGAUUCUCACAGAUACCUGUUUGGCUGUGCUGGUCACUGGUCACUCCACUUUGCUUCGCGAUGAGUUCCAGGUCUUACUUGACAACGAACGACAGGAGGACCUUGCGCGUAUGUAUCGCCUUCUGUCGCGUAUCAAGGAUGGUCUGGAUCCCCUGCGUACCACAUUCGAGAACCAUGUUAGACGGGCUGGUCUGGCCGCCGUUGAGAAGGUUGCUUCGGACGGCGAGAACUUCGAGCCCAAGUUGUACGUUGAUGCUCUCCUGCAGGUUCACACGCGGUAUCAGAACCUUGUCGAUGAUGCGUUCAACGGCGAGUCCGAGUUUGUGCGGUCAUUAGACAAUGCCUGUCGCGAGUUCGUCAACCGUAACCGUAUUUGCAAGGCCAGCUCUUCUAAGUCGCCUGAGUUACUGGCCAAGUACACCGAUUCACUGCUCAAGAAGGGCUCAAAGUCCGCCGAGGAGUCAGAACUGGAGGAAAUGCUGGUACAGAUUAUGACUGUCUUCAAGUAUAUUGAGGACAAGGACGUUUUCCAAAAGUUCUACUCCAAAAACCUGGCGAAGCGCUUGGUACACGUCAGUUCUGUUUCUGAUGACGCCGAAACAAGCAUGAUCAGCAAGCUGAAGGAGGCUUGUGGAUUUGAAUACACCAACAAGCUCCAGCGCAUGUUCCAAGACAUGCAAAUCUCUAAAGAUCUGAACAACAACUACAAGGACUGGCAGGACAAGGUACUUGACGAUGACGACCGCAAGCGACUGGCCGAUGCUCACUUCCAAAUUCUGGGAACUGGUUUCUGGCCCCUCAAUGCCCCCACUACUCCUUUCCUUGCGCCGCCCGAAAUCGUCAAGACUGCCGAACGGUUCUCGAAGUUCUACUUUGACAAGCACAGCGGCCGCAAGCUCACAUGGCUGUGGCAGCUCUGCAAGGGAGAAAUCAAGGCCAACUACAUUAAAAAUGCCAAGGUGCCUUACACCUUCCAGGUGUCAACAUACCAAAUGGGAAUUCUGCUGCUUUUCAAUGAGGCCGACACUCUUUCUUACACCGAGAUUGAGAAGGCCACUACGUUGACCAGUGAAAUCCUGGACCCUAACCUUAGCAUCUUGCUCAAGGCAAAGGUCCUCAUCGCCAGCCCUGAAGGCGCCAAGCCCGAGCCUUCGACCUCAUUCACCCUGAACUACAACUUCAAGAACAAGAAGGUCAAGGUCAACCUCAACAUUCAGAUCAAGUCUGAACAGAAGGUCGAGGCAGACGAUACACACAAAACGAUAGAAGAGGAUCGGAAGCUUCUGCUCCAGUCUGCCAUUGUCCGUAUCAUGAAGUCGCGCAAGAAGAUGAAGCACGUCCAGCUUGUGCAGGAAGUCAUCCAGCAAGUCAAAUCGCGUUUCCCGCCCAAGAUCCCCGAUAUUAAAAAGAACAUCGAAGCACUCAUGGAGAAGGAUUACAUCGAGCGCAUGGAUGGCGACGAGAUCUCUUACAUUGCAUAA